ACUGUGUAUAAAAGGGGUCUGUGUCUGGGUACUCAUCACUCCUGUGCAGCUUCAAGAGCAUCAGCAGCAGCCUCCAUCCACAAUGGCAACACUUGUCUCCAGCCGCGUCUCAAUGUCCUCCGGAUCCGCAAUGGCAGGGGGUGCCUCUGGAAUCUCCAUGUCCUCCGGAGGUGGUGCUCGCAUGAGUGUGAUGCGGUCCGGCAGUGUCUACGGUGGUGCCGGAGGAGCUGGAGUUCGCAUCUCCAGCGCUGGCGCAGGGUUUGGGCUCGGUGGAGGUGGAGGUGCCGGUUUUGGGCUUGCUGCUGGCGGUGGUGCUGGUUUCGGCAUGGCUGCUGGUGGCGGCGCUGGAUUCGCAGCUGCCGCUGGUGCCGGAAAGUUCACCAUGCAGAACCUCAAUGACCGUUUGGCCUCCUACCUGGUGAAGGUGCAGACCCUGGAGAGGGCCAACGCCGAUCUGGAGAUGAAGAUCAGAAUGUUCCUUGAGGCCAAGGCCGGCCCUACCGCGCAUGAUUUUGGUGCAUUUUUCGUCACCAUCAGCGAACUCCAAGCUAAGAUCAUGGCCAUCAUCAGCAUCAGGGGAGGAGUUGUGUUGGGCAUUGACAACGCCAAACUGGCAGCCGACGACUUCAGAGUCAAGUUUGAGGCCGAGCAGGCAAUGCGCCUGUCCGUGGAAGCUGACAUAGCUGGUCUCAGAAGGGUUCUGGAUGACCUGACCCUCUCCAAGUCCGACCUGACAUUGCAGCUGGCAUCCCUGCAGGAGGAGAUCGCCUUCCUGAAGAAGAGCCACCAGGAGGAUCUGCUGGCUCUCCGUGCUCAGGUCGGAGCAACGGUAAACGUGGAGGUUGACGCUGCUCCUCAGGAGGACAUCAGCCUUGUCCUCGCCGGAGUCCGUGAGCACUACGAGGCAGUGGCUGCAAAGAACAGACGGGAACUUGAAGUCUGGUUCCAGGCCAAGACGGAAGCGCUCAGCAAAGAAGUCCUCACCAGCACAACGGUUCUCCAGACGUCCUCAUCAGAACUGACCACGUACAGGAGCACAGCACAGGCACUUCAGAUCGAGCUCCAGGGUCUCGUCAGCAUGAAAUCGUCGCUGGAAGUAUCCCUGGCAGAAACACAGACACGCUUUGCUGCCAUGCUUGCCGGCUUCCAGGGUCAGGUGACCAGCUUGGAAGAGCAGCUUGGCGCUCUCCGCAUCAGCCUUGAACAGCAGGGUCAAGAAUACGCACUGCUGCUGGACAUCAAGACCAGACUGGAGCUGGAGAUUGCAGAGUACACCAGACUGCUCAACGGAGAUAUGAGCGCUUACAUCUCCUCCUCGUCCCGGCUGUCCACAUCCUCGGUUUCCUCGGUAUCGGCAGCAGCGUCCGUAGCGGCGGUGUCCGCAGCAUCAACGUCCACCACAAGAACCAGAGUGGUGACCGUGACAGAGGAGCUGGUUGAUGGCAAGGUCGUGUCCUCCUCCACAGCAUCCUCUCUGGUCGGAGUCUGAAAACAUCUCUGCACUGAGCUCAACCUUUCAGGCUCAAUGCUCAGAGCUUAACCAUUGCAGAGUUACCAAAGUGCAAGGCACGUUCAACGUGCAGUUUGCCUCAGUUUCUCUGUGAUGUUGGGCAUGAAAGGUUGCCAAUAAAGAAGCAGC